AUCCCUGGCCUCGAGCGAGCUAAGACCGAAGUUCUUUUGACGGUGUUAUUUAUUUAUUUAUUUGUCUUUUAUUUUUUUUAACAACGUUUUUAGUGUGUCUGGCCGCAAGCUGUUAGAAUCGCAAUGUUUGUUACAGACAUUCGCAAGGAAUUUUAUGACAUCGUGGUAAACCAGAGAGUCGCCCUCCUUGUGUCUUUGGACGUUGACGCUUUGUGUGCCUGCAAAGUGCUACAGGCUCUGUUCCACUGCGAUCAAGUCCAGUACACCUUGGUGCCGGUGAAAGGCUGGCAGGACUUGGGAACAGCGUUCUUGGAGCACAAAGAGCAGUUCCGUUAUUUCGUGUUGAUCAACUGCGGGGCCAACGUUGACUUGCUGGAGACUCUGCAACCGGAGGAGGAAACCAUCUUUUUUAUCUGCGACACUCAUCGACCUGUGGACGUUGUCAACGUCUACAAUGACACUCAGAUCAAACUGCUCAUCAAGCAGGACGAUGACCUGGGUGUCCCCUCCUAUGAUGACAUCUUCCGAGAUGAUGAGGAAGAAGGGGGUGAUCAGGACUCUGGGAACGAGAGCGAUGGCAGUUCUGAGCCAUCUGGGAAAAGGAGACGGUUCGACGAGGGAGCAAUAGAGAGGAGGAUAGAGCGGCAAAGGGCAAGACGAGAAUGGGAGGCGAGAAGGCAAGUCACAACAGUAAUGGAGAACAGGAAACACUUGUUUGUUGUAUGCAGCUUUGCCAAAUGUUCUGUUCUGUCGUCAAGGAGGGAAAUUUUGUUUGAUUACGAGCAGUAUGAGUACCACGGCACAGCGUCUGCAGUGGUGCUAUUUGAGCUGGCCUGGGUCAUGAGUAAGGAUACUAAAGACAUGCUAUGGUGGGCCAUCAUUGGACUGACAGAUCAAUGGGUCCAUGAUAGAAUCACUCAUAUGAAGUAUGUGACAGAUAUAGCAGCUCUGCAGCGCCACGUCUCUCGACACAACCACUGCAAUGAAGAUGAGGACAACUCCUUGUCCAUCGACUGCAUGAGGAUCUGCUUUGAAUACGAUUUGCGUCUGUCCUUGUACCAACACUGGUCUCUGUACGAGAGCAUCUGUAACUCCUGCUACACCUUGUCCACCUUUAAACUGUGGUCCAUACAGGGGCAGAAGAAGCUCCAGGAGUUCCUUGCUGACAUGGGUCUUCCUCUGAAGCAAGUGAGACAGAAGUUCAAUUCAAUGGACAUCGCCAUCAAGGAGAACCUGCGGGAUGUCAUAGAGGAGUCAUCUAAUAAAUAUGGCAUGAAGGACAUUCGUAUUCAGACUUUCGGUGUCCACUUUGGGUUCAAAAACAAGUUCCUAGCUACCGACGUGGUGCAUGCUGCCGCUGCCCUGCUGGAGAGUGUGGAGAAGGACGAGAGUGGCACCGACAACUUUAUCAAGGCUCUUGACUGCCUCUCCAGGAGCAACCUAGACCAGCUGCACCGAGGCAUUGAACUGGCCAAGAAGAAGUUGAUGGCCAUCCAGCAAACAGUGGCCAGCUGCAUCUGCACCCAUCUCAUCCUCUCGCAGGGACCCUUCCUCUACUGCUGCCUCAUGGAGGGAACCCCAGAUGUGAAGCUGUUCUCCAAGCCUCUUGCACUAACACUGCUCUGCAAGUAUCUGCUGAAGUCCUUUGCUCGCUCGACAAGGAAUAAGCGCUGCAAGAUCCUCCCACUCGUGAUGGCAGCACCCCUGGAUGUUGAGAAGGGCACAGUCAUUGUGAUGGGCAUCCCACCAGAGUGUGAGACCUCUGACAAGAAGAACUUCUUCGGAAGGGCUUUUGAAAAGGCUGCGGAGAGCACAAGCUCCAGGACACUGCACGACAACUUCGACAUGUCCAUCAUUGAGCUGAAGAUGCAGGACAGGAGCAAAUUUCUGGAUGCACUCGUUACGUUACUGUCAUAAGGAUGAAUGUAGUAGAUGUAAGUUAAACUAUUUCCACUUUCACAACUGGAAGGACUCC